CCUAGCCAUUCUGUCCACCACAAUAAUAUAUUGAAAGUGAAAUCCAGAGUGCAUAAAUUCUCGUUGAGGUAAGGGCAUGUUUUGGCCGGCCCGAUGGCUAGCUAGUUAAGACUGUUUUCGGUCCCAAACAAGAAAGAGACACUCUGUUUGGGUCGCCUGCACUGACCUCUCUAUUUCUAUUGUUUCUUUAUUGCUUUACUACAGUUACUUUUUUACUUCUUUAUUUUCCACUUGUCCUUCUCUAUCUCUCUCUCUCUCUCCUUGUGCCAUUUUAUUCAAAAGUUUUUAUCCUUCCUAUAUAAACUCUCAUUUUCCUCUUUACCCUUCUUCACAGGGACACCAUACCAUACCUCCAUAGUUUUUAUUUUGAAUUAAUACAGCGGGUACAGAUGACAACCGAGUUCUCUGCUGAAGAUAAAUUAAGGGAAGGAGGACGUACGAGCGAUCGGGAAGAAGAAGAAGAAGAAGAUGAAGCAUUGUCACUCUCUGAUUUGCCACUCAAUUUGAUCAAUAUUGAAGAUAAUCAUGAUGAUCAAAACCGGUCCAGCGCAGAAGCAAGCUGUCAAGUGAAAGAACCCGAAGAUCAAGAAUUCAAUUUUGGCUCAUGGGGUGGUUCUCUUUCAACGGAAUCAGAAAUGUGUGCAGCCGAUGAUGUGUUUUUCAAAGGCCAAAUUCUACCAUUACGUUUCUCAGUAAGUUCAGAGAGUGGGUUAACCAGGUUAAUCCAACACGACUUGAGCCACAACUCAGUCACAUCAUGUCUAUCGAGGUCGGAGUCCAUGGACCACUUGAGCUCAGUAGAUAGAUUAACAAGCCUUAACAGUAGCAGAAGCAGCAGCAGCAGUAGAAGCCAUAACUCAUCAAGCACCACCACCACCUCCACCACUACAAUCACUAAAAAUUCGAAGCCAAGAAUAAUUAGAAACCAGUUCCACACCUAUCCAAGUCCCAAACCCCAAAUUAGAGUCUCCGCUUCACAAUUACGCCGCAAUACUAGCGGUAACCGGAGCCAGAAAUCAACGGUUUGGGACUUCUUUAGGCUAGGAUUGGUUCGAACCCCAGAAAUCGAAUUGCAAGAUCUCAAGGUUCGUAACAAUAACAUUGCAAAUAAAAGUUGUGUUAGUCGUAACAGUAGCAGUGGCAGUAGCAGUAACAGUAACAGUAGUAGCAGUAUCAACAAUUACAAUAAACAAGAUUUGAAGAUCACGGAGAAGAAGCAGAAGAAGAAACAGAAUUUGUUGGAUAACAAAACAGGAUUGUUUAGUGGGUGUAAAUGUUCAAUUACAGCAGUUGAAACGGUUCCAUUGAACAAUAUUGUGAUCAUAAAAAGUAACAGUGAGGGAAGCAACAACAGGAAGAGGAUUAACAAUAAUGGUGAAAGUAGCGAGAUGGAAAAGAAACUGCAAGAGUUGAAGACAAAGCAGAAAAUGAAGGAAAAGCAACAAGGAAAGCAAGCUAUGUCACGUCAUCGAACUUUUGAAUGGUUAAAGGAACUUUCACAUGCAAGCUAUGUUGAUGGAGAAACUUAAUUAGCAGUGUAUACUACUCAAUACUCAUCCCGCAUGCUUCUUUUUCCCUCUUCUCAUCAUUGUCUUUUUCUUUUUUUAUGAAAGUAUUUUGUAAUGUUUCUGUAUUUUUAUUUUUUUAUUUUUAAUUAAAUUAAGUUUUUGUAGCGGGGAAAUGUCAAAAUAGAGGUUUGGGUAAUGUUGUAUAAUUGUAUGGUAUGGAGUAUAUAUUAAAGUAAAUCUAAUUGUUGAUAUUGAUUUGAUAAAGGAUUGACCGAUAUCAACAGUUGGACUUUACUUUACUUAUAUAUUAUUAUCAAUAUAAAUGAUUUGAAGU